AUGCCACCCUCUUCAAACAACAACAAGAGCAAGCCAUCUUCUUCGGAAAGACAAGAGGAAGAAGAGGAUAAUCACAACAAUAACAUGUUUUGGCAGGAGACGAAGGAGCAAACAGUCACCUCCAGUGAAACCUUCUCUACAGUACAAGAUGGAAUUAAAAAGCAAAGCAAGACAAAAAAGAAGAAGACCAACAAGAACAGUUUCUCUCAUGCACUUAUAACCCAACAAGACUUGGAUCUGCUUGCAACUGGAUUUAAUAUCCAAACAACAACAACAACUGAUACAUCAUCAUCUUCAUCAACCAUUCCAUCAUUGCCUCCUCCAUCAGAGGCCAAUAUGAUAGAACAAAUGGUGGAACCACCAAUUGAUAAUAUUCAAACACUCCCUUCAAUUCCUGAAGAGGUUUCCAUUGAUUCAGAUGUAGAAAUGGACCUAUUUGAAAAUCAACAAGCUUCUGAAGAAAUUCAAGAAGACAUAAUUAUUGGAUUGCUCUCUUUUGAAAAUCCAAACAUUGAUAUACUCAAUACUAACUCUGGUAAAAUUCCAAACCUAACUCUUGGCGAUGGAAAUCUUUUCAAUUACUUGGGACACUUCACUAACUAUGGAAUUGAACCUGAAUUCCAUUCUCAAACACAUGAAGUAAUGAAUGAUUUAACAGAUGUUGAGGAAUUACCAGCCCUCCCUUACGCUCUGUCUUGUUAUGAUGAAGAAACUUGCUUAGAGAAACCAAUUGAAGAGAACAAGGAGUCUGCAAAUCUAAUUGAUGUUAUUUGUGUACCUAAAUCUAUACUGGAUUUAGUUGCAGAGAUUAUAAUUAAAACCUCCUCACCAGCAUUCACCCUCCCAAUUGAAAGUGAAAUUAUCAGAGAAAAGGAAGAUAGUGAUGAUGAAGAUGAAGAUGAUUCCCAUCCUUCUAGAUCUUUUUCACUUUUCAAUCCAUACUACAAGGAUCAUGAUGAUUAUGACUAUUUCAGACAAAAUUAA